AUGACUACCACUACAACCACAACAUCAACAUCCACCCCUUCAAUCAUCAAGCAACAAGGGAUUGAAAUACCUCGAGGUCCUGUAGAGUCGACUUUGAUCUUCUACGCACCACCACCCGACAAUGCCGCACCAUGGAAUUACGUCGAACAACCACCACCAGGUCUCCCCCAACGAAACUACACCGAACACCCCUCCCAAGUCCUCCUGAACGACAUGCGCGGCAAUGAAUCCACCUUUCAACUAAACACCCACGGUUUCACCACCGCCUCUUCCGUGUCCAGCAACUGCACAGAUUUCACAUCCGACGACGAUGUCAAAAACAUCUACUACCCAGAAGUUGAGAAGUUGAUCUUGGACAAAGUCCCCGGAGCUAAAAGGGUAUUCCUAUUCGACCAUACCAUCCGCCGUGCAGAUGUCAACGCAAAACGUCAACCCGUCCAUCGCGCGCACAUCGAUCAAACCGAAACCGCAGCAAUCGCUCGCGUACACCGUCAUCUCCCCUCCGAAGCUUCAACCUUACUAUCCUCCCGCGUACGCAUCAUAAACAUUUGGCGCCCAUUAAACGGCCCAGUUGUUUCUUUCCCCUUGGCUGUUGCGGAUAGUAGAAGUGUCAAGGACGAUGCUAUUGUAGGGAUUGAACAUAGGUAUCCCGAUCGCGUUGGAGAGACUGCUGGUGUGCAAGCUGCGGAAGGACAGAAAUGGUGGUAUUGGAGUGGUAUGGGGAAUGAGGAGAGAUUGUUCUUGCAAUGUUAUGAUUCUGAGGGUAGUAGGGCUAGGACACCGCAUACGGCGUUCACGGACCCGAGGACACAGGAGGGGUGGCCUGGACGCGAGAGUAUCGAGGUUAGGGCUUUGGUGUUUGGAUGA